AUGGCAAAAAAGAAGGCGCUGCUACGGAAGAAACAACCCGAACCACGGAGGAAACAACCCGAACCACAGAGGAAGAAACAAGGUCAAGUAUCAGUAGAUGAUCUUCCGUUGGAUCUGGUGGAAGAAAUCCUUUGUAGACUCCCCGUGAAAAAACUCAUUCAACUCCGUUGCGUGUGCAAGUCAUGGAAUUCCCUUUUCUCUGAAAAUUCUAGUUUCGCCAAGAAGCACCUCCGCUGGUCAACCUCAAAACAAUCCCGCCACCAUCUCUUCGUAAAGUCAGGUAACUUUGUCGAUUUACAAUCCCCACUUUCCACUAUCUUCACCUCAAGAGACGUUACAAUGUCCGUGUACUCUCUAAGAGCGAUUCUUAAAAAAGGAGAAUCUGAUCGUGAUGGUGGUGGUUAUGUCUCCACUUGUGACGGCAUCAUAUGCUAUACGAUAGAUGCUUCUACGGCUGCGGCUCUUUUGUUUAACCCUUCUAUUAGAAAAUUCAUAAUAUUGCCUCCUUUGGAAUUUCCAGACCUACCGAGUUUUAAUAUCUUAUAUACAUUAGUGUAUGAUCGUUUCAUUAAUAAUUAUAAGGUUAUUGCUCGUAUUGACCAUUAUACCAAAAGUCAUGUCAGUGUUUAUACUUUCGGUACACAUCAUUGGAGAAGGAUUCAAGACUUUCCAAGUCCUGACCAAUUAUUAGUGGACAAAUAUUCAAAUUUCGAACUUAUGUGUUCAUCUACCGGAAUAUUUGUCAACGACUCUGUUAAUUGGUUGACAUCCCAGUUCAUUGUUUCUCUUGAUUUGGAGAAUGAGUCGUAUCAAAAGCUUUCACUACCCGUCUCUAAUGUUCGAUUCGGGACAUUGAGGGGUUGUUUAAUUACCUUAGGGACAUUGAGGGGUUGUUUAUCCCUUCUUAUUCCCAUGAUGGACACGGACACUUUUUCUGAUAUUUGGAUUAUGAAAGAAUUUGGUAAUCAAAACUCUUGGACUAAAUUGUUAAGUAUUCCUUACUUGAAAGCAUGGGGCCGUUUUCGCUAUAGCAAGGUAUUAUAUAUUUCAGAUGAUGACCAAGUGCUCAUGGAGAUUUUUAUAUGUAGAAAAUUACAAUAUAUCUUGGUUGUUUAUGAUUCCAUAAACAAUACUUUUAAUUUUCCCGAAUUUCAAGACAAGAUCCAUAAUUGUAUACCUGUAAUUUAUGUUGAGAGUUUGAUAUCACCUUUUUAG